CCCUCCGACCCUCCGACUGACGAUUGGUACGGUCCUCCUAGGCUUGAUCGAUCGUAAAUGCCGAGCAGUGCAAGAGAAUCAGCAGCCAUGUCGUGAUGAAGAUGGGAAACAUCUCCAGUCAGACAGAGAAAAGAGGUAAAAGGACCGCAUCUCCAAAGUUUCGGGUGGGUAGAGACGGCAAGAAGCUACAGGAAAUCGCUAGAGGACCGGGCGAAUCGGCAUCGAGUCCCGAAAGUUCCGUAUCCGGUUCCGUUUACGUGGACACAGCAAGCCGCUUGCCAAGUCCCGAAGAGACAUCGGCCGACGACGCUUCGACGUUAAAAGAUACGUCUCCAGGUAGUACCAGCGACGUGACAGUGUUGUGCGAGUCCACGCAAUCUUGCCCUGGAAGUCCGGAUUCUCAGAGGCCAUUGCCGCGAAGGAAGAGCGAACCCCUAUCUAAAUAUUCGGCAUCUACAAUAUCUGUACCGACUUUUACGCUGACUCAACAUAAAAAAGUCAUCCUCCCUCCUAAUCCCUUCGUCACUCCAGGCAAAUGGACUCUUGACGAUCCCCUUAGACCCUCUUCUCUUUACGUUCACACCGAUGCUUCGAGGACUUUUGGGCACAGAAGAUAUUCUUCGUACGAUGCACCUCUAAACAGUGGUCGAUCCGCUAUGGGCAAUCUAUACAGACCGACUUUUGUACCGGAGAAAUUGGAUUACGGACUGAGGCAGAAGUUUGAAGGUCACGUAUUGGUAAAUUGGUUAUGUAUUUCAUGCACGGAACAACCUCGACAUUUGCUGACACAGCAGGAUCUAAGGACGUUGGUUGCUCAGUUCUGUACGUGUCUUCUAGCUGCUGGAGUUAUGAGGCAGAUAGAAGACGAGUCAAUGCCCCUGGAUAAUGUCUUCCGAGAUGCUUGGAAGAAGGAGAUACAAAGAAGAAAUAGAGAUGAGUCAACCAGAACAAAGAAGAAGAGCACAAAGGAUAAACACGGAACGGCCAAAGGAAAGAGUACACCUCAGGUUAGAUAA